AUGUCCCACGAAUACGACACCGUAGCUCCACCUAAUGCAAAACGCAUGAAAACUGAUGCGCAACUGGAACUGAAAAAGACACUAUAUGUCGUGCUCGAGGGAUGCAGUUUGGAAACUGCCAAAGUUGGAGGUGAAUACGUUAUUUUGAGCAGUGACAAACAUGCAAACUUCCUUCGAAAGCAAAAGAAAGAUCCGGCUGACUAUCGUCCAGAUAUUUUGCAUCAAUGUCUUCUCAAUUUGCUUGACAGUCCACUCAAUAGGGACGGAAAACUUCGUGUCUUUUUCCGAACAAGCAAAAAUGUGCUUGUAGAUGUUUCUCCACAGUGUAGAAUUCCGAGAACGUUCGAUCGGUUCUGUGGGUUGAUGGUUCAACUGCUGCACAAGUUAUCCAUUCGUGCAGCUGAAACUUCCCAAAAGCUGAUGUCUGUUGUCAAAAAUCCAGUAUCAAAUCAUCUUCCUGUCGGUUCUCGUAAAAUGCUCAUGUCAUACAAUGUUCCUGAAUUGACACUGGCUAACAAGCUUGUGUCACCAGACACUGAUGAGCCACUGGUAGUUGUGAUCGGAGGAAUUGCCAGAGGAAAGAUCGUUGUUGAUUACACUGACUCAGAGACGAAAAUCAGCAGCUAUCCAUUGAGUGCUGCAUUGACAUGUGCCAAAGUCACCAGUGGACUCGAAGAAAUUUGGGGAAUCAUCUAA